UUUCAAAUAAUUGCAGAGAUUCCAUGCUUAUCCUCUGAGCUUCAUAUAAAUGGAAUUAUCAUCAUCAUCAUCAGACAAUCGAGUGUCCGAAACAAGUGAACUGACUUUCUUUUUCUUCUUGCACUUGGUUAUUAAAGAUGACCGAAAUUAAGGCCGAUAUUACUACUCAUGAGCACCAUCUUACUAUAGCUGAAGCCGAUAUUUCGGACCAAAAGCCCCUCAGGACUGCCCGUCUCGCUUCACUUGAUAUUUUCAGGGGCCUCACUGUCGCGUUAAUGAUUUUGGUUGAUGAUGCUGGAGGAGAAUGGCCAGUGAUUGGACAUGCACCAUGGAACGGUUGCAAUCUAGCUGAUUUUGUUAUGCCAUUCUUUCUGUUUAUUGUUGGGGUGGCCAUUCCUCUUUCACUGAAGAGAUUUAUAAGCAGGGGUCAAGCUGUCAAGAGAGUGAUUUUCAGAACUCUGAAACUCCUCUUCUGGGGUAUCCUGUUACAAGGAGGCUUCUCUCAUGCCCCUGAUGAACUGACUUAUGGUGUUGAUAUGAAGGAGAUAAGGUGGUGUGGCAUUCUCCAGAGAAUUGCUUUUGCUUAUAUAGUAGUGGCACUGGUAGAAAUCUUGACAAAAGAUGAAAAACCUAAGGAUCUCCCGCCUGGCCGCUUCUCCAUAUUCAGGUUAUAUUGCUGGCAUUGGCUGGUGGGAGCAUGCGUUCUAGUUACUUACUUGGCUGCGAUUCAUGGCACAUUUGUCCCUGAUUGGCACUUCACCAUCCUUGAUAGAGACAGUCCUGAUUAUGGGAAAGUUUUCAAUGUAGACUGCAAUGUCAGAGGACAAAUGGAUCCUCCAUGUAAUGCAGCUGGCUAUAUUGACAGGAAAAUUCUAGGACUUGCCCAUAUGUAUCAGCAUCCAGCUUGGAGGAGAUCUAAGGCUUGCACAGAGAAUUCCCCAUAUGAUGGACCUUUUCUAAUCAAUGCUCCAUCAUGGUGCCAUGCACCUUUUGAACCUGAGGGAAUCCUGAGCUCGAUAUCUGCUAUUCUCUCCACUAUCAUUGGACUUCAUUUUGGACAUGUGCUUGUGCACUUGAAGGAUCAUGCAAGUAGGCUGAAGCACUGGAUUUUGAUGGGACUUGGCCUUCUUAUUUUGGGAUUCAUUCUGCAUUUCACUCAUGUUGUUCCCUUAAAUAAGCAGCUCUACACUUUUAGUUACGUUUGUGUAACAUCUGGUGCUGCAGCAUUGGUGUUUUCUGCCAUCUAUAUUCUGGUUGAUAUUUGGGGUUUGAAAUGGCUGUUUCUACCGUUGGAAUGGAUUGGGAUGAAUGCCAUGCUGGUUUAUGUUAUGGCUGCUGAAGGCAUUUUUGCUGGUUUUAUGAACGGCUGGUACUAUGAUGAUCCCCAUAAUUCACUGAUAUAUUGGAUAAAAAAGCACAUUUUCAUUGGCGUAUGGCAUUCUCAAAGAGUAGGCAUUCUUCUCUAUGUAAUCUUUGUGGAGAUUCUCUUCUGGGGCAUUGUCGCUGGAAUCUUGCAUAGCCAAGGAAUUUAUUGGAAGCUUUAAACCACUCAUCAAUCAAAUGUGUAUUUUGCUAAAGUUGUAACGUCUUUCUGUGAGCUUUGUAUGGUCUAGCUGUUCAUCUAUUAUGUACCUUCCAUUGCAGUAUUACUGGCAAAAAGUUAAAAAGAAAUUCCAUCCUAAUCUAAUGCUAUGCUCUGUAGCAUCUUCAACCUCUCAA